AAAAAAAAAACUUCCGUGAAGAAUUUUGGUGCGGACUAUUUGUGAUCGACCCAACAGAUAAAAUCGACUAACUCUUCGCAGUCACCAUCUCAUCAAGGCGUUUGCUGUUGGUGAAUCAGCAGAAGCAAAAUGCCAGCUUCGGUUACAACCACGGCCCACGGUGUGCGUGUUGUCACUCAUAUAUACCCAUUAGACGAGAAGACAGAAACUUCCGUAACCGGUGGGAUUAAAGUACAUUCAUCAAAACCGAAACUUUCAGAAAUGACAAGGAUGUUCUUUCGCGGGCAGCCGGAAAUUCUUGGGAUUGUCCAGAUCUUUACUGGAUUGCUGAUGGUGGUAAUUGGCAUAAACACAGCCAUCGCCUCCACUUUACUUUGGGAAAUUCCUGUUGGUCUUGGAAUAGCAUGCAUUAUCUCAGGAUCUGUAUCGGUGGCUGCACGUCGAGGGACAAAUUCCCACCUGAUCAAAGGUACCUUUGCCAUGAACAUCAUCAGCUCUGUGCUAGCUUUGGCAGGUGUGGUGUACUUCUGUAUUGCAUUAAGUGACAGACCAGAAUCAAGUGGCUGCAAGGAGUAUCGUUAUUCCUGGAAUUGCCAGUGGAUGUUUAUACGCUACAUGAAUAUGCUGGAUGGAAUCAAAGGCCUGCUGCUUACCUUGGCUGUGCUGGAAAUCUGUGUCUCUGUCUCACUAUCAGUCUUCUCUGCCAAAGCCAUUCGUCGUACCUCGGAGCCUGAAUCCGUGCCACUGACAGACCCAGAGAGUGAUGAGGACUCUCACUACAGCAGUAAAUCCAAACUGGUGAACGAUUGUGCUGUUCCUCUAAAUCCACCAAGCUAUGAGCCAUGAGUGGGGGGGGGGAAUUAUGUGGCUAUUGUUUAGUCUUAGCACUUUUAUCACAUUUCAUUUUACUGACAUCACCAGGUUGAUUUUAAUCAACUACUAUAUUCUCAAGAGGCCGAAGGCGUUAAAUUACCUUUACUAUAUCCUACCGUAUCAGACCUAUAUGCUCUUUUUUAAUUACCACUGUUAUGGUAAUGUGCUGCAAGCUGUUCCUUCACACUAAGCCAAGAUGUAAAACACUGUUUAAGGCUUCUACUGAAUAAAGUCUCUAUGCAAACCCUUUGUAUUGGU